CGCGUCCUCCGAGACACAGGCUGGUGAGUGCGACAUGCAGUGGUCCAGCUGAAGCGCCACCCUUUCGAGGAGCCACCCCGUUUGUCCAGUGCCAUAACGCGACAAACAACCCCAGCCUCUUCGUCUCGCCAGCGACACUCAAAACUCUUGAUUCCUCGGCCAAACACAGUGCAUGUGUGUGUGACAAAAUGAGGAAGAAAAACUGCACAGCGAUUUCGCUGAUCGGAUUAUUAGUGAUUGGCGUGUGUGUCCUCGCCACUGCAAAUGCGGCAGAGUGUGAGAGAGGAUUCGUAGCAUGUAGGUCGGGCGAGCCUGAAUGUGUGAAGACUGCUCAAGUGAACGACGGAACCAUAGACUGCAGCGAUGGGAGUGAUGAAGGGUGCAAUGAAGGAAGUUUUGUCUGUAGGAACAAAAAGCAGUGCAUAGAGAAGAGCAAAGUGCAGGAUGGCGUUGCUGACUGCAAGGAUGGCUCUGACGAAGAGUGCAAGCCUCUUCAGCACCGCUGCGUCUGUCCUCCGUUUAGGUGCGUCGAGGCUGAGAACCUCAAAGACGGCAUCAAGGAUUGUGAAGACGGUUCGGAUGAAAUUGAAGUUACAACUGCUGACUGCAAGAAUUUGGUCAACAGCACUUCGCUCAAAAGACCGAAACGCAGAGCAUCAGAUGUGAGCACGCGAGUUGACGGCCCCGUCACCACGUCAAUGUUUCUGGGCGCCGAAAUUCUGCCUAGCGAGCACAAGAACCGUCCAACUGGUCUGUUGACCUCCACGGUCAACACGUUCAUCCAGCAGGGCACGACCACUGAGUUCGCAACCAAGGUUUUUGGCACUCACGUGGAUGGCCACUAUGCCAAGAUUGUCAGCACCAGCUCCAGGGUCUUCUUUGCAGUGCCAUCGGCCGCCGCCGGUGACGCCCUCGGAGUUCUGAAACCAACCGGCCUCAUUUCCAGCGUCACCGCGACCAAAGUGUCCGGACUGGUCACCACCCUGAUCACCACCGACUACUACAGGACCUAUAUUGACGGAACCUACGCCCAGUUGGUGUCAAGCUACUCCAGGGUGGUUGAACCAUCAAUUCACACUGUCCUCGCCACCAAGGCUUACGGGUCCAUCGCUUCGGGACAAAUUUAUCCCACGGCCGUGCACGACUCCAAGCAGUCAGUGAUCGAGGUUUCGCCAGUUAAUUUCAAAAAUGAUAACCAGAUUUCGCCGAGCAAGUCGUCCAGCAUUGUUAGGGCGACGGCCUACGGAGACCUGGAAAAGACAAACACCAGGGUCACGUUCUCCAGCAGCCAGCAGUCUGCCGAGGACGAGAGCGAUAAUUUCAUCAACAAAAUAAAGAAGUUUGAUGGCUUCAAAAUUAGCAAGCCCAAGAGCAAUUUGCCCACGUACACCAUUUCUCAUUAUGGUGCUGACCUGCUCGAUGACACCACUGAGACCAUUGUUAACGUGGACAAGAGCGUAGAAGCCUAUGUAAAUGGAAAGAAGCGAGAUAACAAAAACUUCUCCAAUUCCUCCAGGCCGAGAAACAUCAAGGGUUUUAAAAAUUUCAAUGUCAUUCACAGCAAGGACGAUUUGCACUCUGUUGAGUCGGGCAUGCCAACAGUGACUUAUGUUGGUUUUGAUGAUUUCACCACAACGGUGCACAACACAGUCAUCGUGUUCAUGCCGCACUCCAAAGCACAUGUCCACGCCACCAAGGCUGCGAUUCCAAAUUUGAAAAUCACCAGUUUGUCUGAAAUUAUUGUCCCGACCGUCAGCAGCAAGUUAGCAGAGUCGCGAAACAGCCUGUUUAAUAAACCAAGAACAUACAUUUCAAAUAAUUACAUUUCUGCUACUCGCACUUACAACCAAAUCGCUCCAUCGUCGGUUAUUUCAUCUUUCAAUAGAAAGGAAAAAGAGCUGAAUGCUGAAGUUAAGCCUGCUGUUGAGCCUGAAAUUAAGCAAAAGUCAAAGAAGAUUGAUCUGGAGUCGAGCAAAAGCUCUGCCGAAGCUGCUGCUUCUGAUUUAAUGACUUCCUUGGGAAUUGAGCCUUCAAUUGCCAGCAUUGAAAUCAGCUCGGAAAUCAUGAGCGAGUCGAGCAUUUUGAUGCCCACAGAGUCCAUUGAGUUUGCAACUAAGUCUGUUACGAAAUCCGCUGAGCCUGAAAUUGCCACUGUGACCACGGAAGAGACGCCCAAGACCACUGAGCCUUUGGAGACCACCACUGAAGGAAUGAGCACCACUCAGCAACAAAUUGUUGAGAAUGAGGAUUCCAGUGAAAAUCUCGUUCCGAAUGAAAGAAAAAUUAGUUCUCAGCCAGGAGAGCAGAUUUUGGUUGAAAAUAACAGCCUCAAUAGCAGUAGUUCAAGCAGCUCAAUCCAGUACGUGACAAAGGUCAUUCCAAACACAAUUUUCCGCACCUUUACAUAUUUCACCACUUUCUUCAUUCCAAAUGGAGAACAAACUUCGACCUCUAUUAAAUCAAAUGAAGUUACCAGCACUGAAAUUAAACUUUCUACCAGCCUGGUUGACAUUAGAGAAAUAUUGGCCACCGCGAUUGCUCAGCAAAUUAACCCAUCUUCAACUUAUUCUAUCACACCUUCUGCUUCCGUAGAAAUUACCACAGAGUCUGAACUGGAAACCACAAAUAACACACCUGAAGUGACAAUGACCGAAACCAUGACUUCUGAAAAUGAAGUAAUCACAACUGGACCAACAACUCCAAUGCCCGAUCCGGACGAAGAGGAAAUUGAACUUUUGCUAAAAACUCAAUUUACAACUUACACGUAUCUGACCACUUAUUUCCAAGAUAAAACGUCCAGCAUUUCAAGCAGAGAGGAGGUCGUCACAAAUGUGAUUACUUCUACUUUAGACAAAAAUGCAGUUUUCACUGACCCUGCUGUUGCUGGUUUGUUGAACAGAGUUGAAGGCAUCUUUGAUUCUAACAGCAUUGCUCCAACAUCUGUUGGUAUUGGGCGGCCGACUGAAGAUAUUUAUAAAGAUUUGCAUGAUGCCGAUGUUCAGCCGACUGCCAGAAUAGCCCCUGAAAACUUAGUUUCUUCGACGGUCGUAGAUGAGACUGAUGACCUGAUUAAGACCUACUACACAACUUACACUUACUUUACGACACUCUUUGCCGACGGCGAAACAACCAUCAAUAGCCGAACUGAGGUGUAUUCCAAUAUUGUGUCACCAAGCAGUCUUGCUUCAAGUAUUCGGCCAACAGAAGUAGACAGCACCAUUGUUCCGACACUCGAGGUGAAGGCUACCAAUGUCGUGGCAGCACUUGAUGAGGAGUAUGCAAAGAAAUAUACCACGAUGAGGGCUAAAGACCCAAGUAACAAUGAAGCACCGGAAAAGCCAGCAUUUGACCUGGAGCCGAUUAAGGUCAGCAUCCCAGUGCAGAAGGUAGCAGUAGAGUUUGUGCCAGAAAAUAUCCCCCCAAAGGAGGAACCUGCUCAAGAAAAAAAUAAAACUUUAGAGUCGAAAGAACUUGAUUUGCACGAAAGCAUAAAAACAGAAAUGUUUGACAUUCCUGCUAAUUCUGUGAAAGCUGAUUUGGAUGAUCUGGAAAUAAAAAACGAAGAUAAUUUAGUGCCUGGAGUCGAGGUUGCAAAUCUCGAUGAUCAGAUAAGUCUGGAAAGCAGUACAGAUAUUGAGCCUUCGCCUUCAUUACUCCUGCAGACGAGUUAUACGACAUUUACAUAUUUCACUACUCUUUAUAAGGGACAAACAUCUGAAAUUGUUAGCAGGCUCGAAACUGUGACAAAUGUUGUUACUGAAACAGUUAAGCCAAAUGAGUCAACAAUUACGCAAGAGGUUAAGCCUUCAGAGGUUUUUAACGACUUGUCUUCAGCUGACUCUAGUGAAAUAUACCCAAUAACUUUCUUCACAACAUUCACCUACUGGACCACCGCUUUCAAGGAUGGAUCGACCACAGUUACCAGCAGAGAGGAAACAGUCUCUAACGUUGUUACUCCUACUAAGCAGCUUGAAGAAAGCAUUAAGAGCACCAAAGUUCAAGAUGCACCAGCAAUAAUUAUAACUCCUACACCUGCGGAAAUUGAGCCAACGACCUUUUACACUACUUACACCUAUUACACAACAUCAUACAUUGGUGAGAGCACAGUUGUAAAGAGCAGGCUAGAAACAGAAACUAAUAUUGUCACACCAACGCCCGUUGAUAACGCUCUGAUUCCUACUCAAAUCGGCAGAGCAAUUGGAAGUUCACCUCCUGUUGAGCAAUUGGUUGAGAAAUCUAAGGUAGAUGAGCAAGAAUCUCUGCCCACAGGUGUAACCCUAGCAGCUAAGACAAUAGACGGAAAAAAAGCUGCAAAAGCUACAGAAUCUGAUGGCAGUGAAGAUCAAAAAGAAAAAGGUAGUUCACAAAUUGUUACACCAGAACUUGGUUCAACCACACCACCAAUUGCAUCUCAAACACAACCAACUGGUGUUGUUUCACGAAAUGUUGGCAGCAUAGUUGAUGUUGAUGGAAUAACAACAACGUAUUAUGAAACAAAGGCUAUUGGAACUUAUAUUGGAAACUUGUAUGCCCAGGUUGUAGAAAGCACAACGUCUGUAAACAUAGACACGGAGCGAACUCCAGAACCAUCCGUUGCAUCUAGGACUGGACUAGUGAGAUUAAUUGAAGGCUCAAUCAUAAAAGAUUCGACAACCACUGCUUAUGAAUCUAGAGUGGUUGGAACAAUUGUGGAUGGAUUUUAUGCCCAGAUAAUUGAAAGUUCAUCAAGCAUCAUUACGGCAACGCCAACUAUCACGACAGUUGAGCCAACUGCAACUCUUGAACCUUCCCACGUUGAUGACGAAAAGCAUGAAAAAGCUGAGGAGGACACUAAAAAUAAAAAGCUCGGCUUCCCUAGGAAGAAUACAUUGACUCCCGUUAUAAGACCUUUUGCUGGUACAAGGAGCCGACCCACAUUCCAGCCAAAAAAGCCACCACCAAGUCCGACAACAAUUACAAGGAAUUCUCUAACCCCAACAAUUACGGCUACUCCUGCCUCAUCUAGCAAUUCUGAAAGUUCUGCUAACAGAUACAGGUUUAAUCAAAGACGCCAAAGCAGUGCUAACCAACUCACAAUAGAAGUGAAACCAACCAGUACUCGCAAAUUCCAACGUGGCAGAAGUACUUCUGCUUCUGGUGGUUUCAAUCCAUCGCAAUCCUCGACUUUUAACCCAUCUACUGGUAGAAGGUCAACUGGAAGGGUGCAGCCAACAGCCUCGUCCACUUUCGGUAGCUCAUCUCGGCGAACGGGUAGUUUCAACACUCGCACGUUUGCUUCUUCUGGACGUCCCAACACAGCUUUUGCUUCGUCAUCGGUGUUCCCAGGAAGCUCGAGGUCAAGAAUAAGGCCAACAUCAUCUCUUCCUUUCUUUACUAGAGCUUCAUCCACUUUGACAACCCCUGAUCCAGAAAUUCAUGCAAACACACUUAGUGAAUCCGACGUAACUGAUGAUGAUGUGGCGCAAACUAAAAUAACUGAAACUACCAGACACGAACAACAUAAUACAGUGACCGAAGCGACGUUAUUUAAGAGGCCUUUACCUUUCAAACAACGAACCAGGCCUCUUACUUCAAGGUCUGGUACGACAACUACUGCAGCGCCACCAAAAACUACUUCAUCAGCAAGGAAGUUUACUCCCAGGAAAAUAACUGUUGCGGACAAUAACAUAAACGAAGAAAAUCAACCGCAGAGAAUCACUAGGCCUACUUCUCGCCCCCUCCUCUUCAAGCAAAGACCCACAAGCAAUCUCUUCCCUCCUCGCCAGCUUUUCAAAAGACCUAGUGAAGAUAAAGUUCAGACCGAACAACCAGUAAAACACGAUGACGUAGAGGAAUCCGAAGAAACUGAUAGUGACUUUGAACAAUCUGAGCAGGUUACGAAAUCUGUGGCAAAAAAUGAUCCGCGCCAAAUUGUGAUAAAACCAUUUUCUCUCCGCAGAAGAAGCAAGAGAGAAUCCAAAGUAGAGCCAAUGGUGAAUAUGACUGCAAAAGCUUUUGUGAGACCAUUGAGCACUGAUGUAUUGAGGCGCAUUAAGAGACAAUCUACAUCAACGUAUGGCUCGUUCAGUUCGCGACGUCGUCCUUCUGCGCCUACGCCUGCUCCAAAGAAAUCAUCUCCUGAGUAUGAAUAUGUGUAUGAGUAUGUUGAUUAUGAUGAACCGGCAACACCAAAGCCAACUUACACAAACACAAGAACAAGGGGUCGAUCAAAUUUUAAACCUCCAGCAAAAUCUGAAGUAACGGCUUCCGUCAGUCCUAAAAUUCGACCCACUUCCACAUCCAGGCAGUCACCGUUUACACUGACCAACAACCAGAAAUCUCAAGACAGAUAUUCUCAAGCAACUCCUGCACCUCUAACGAGCAGGUCAAGCUUCCGUCGACCUACGACUACAAACACUAGAUCACGAACAACUGACACAAGAAGCGAAAGCAAAUUGAGAGCACCGAGACCUAGAACAAUUGAUAGCACACCAACAAGGAGUUCUAACAGAAGAUACAAUUCAGUAACUACCACACCAAGGAGACAAACGUCUAGAGGUAGAUAUAGAAAUGAUUACGACAGCAACGAAAAUCAAUAUAUCACGCCCGCUUUUGACGGAACUAUUACUGUUACUCACAAAGUUCCGACUGAAGUUACUAUCCCAGUAAUUAAUGGAAAAUUCACUGAAUAUAAACAAGUCAUUAGGAAUACACCAAGCACCCAAGUUGUUGGCCCGAAGGAAUACAGCUCAACAGAGUACGGUGGAAGUACUGUUUUUAUCCUAAACAAUGAAGUCACAGCCACACCAGCUCCUGGAGUUACCGAGGUAACGCAAUUCAUUCUAAAAGAGCAUCCUACCACAAGCGUAACAUUCACACCAACAACAAUUAGAGGAAGGAAAACUUCAUUUUCGCACAUUGUGCCCAGCACUGCUUACGAAGUGGAACCAAUUGUUAAUACAAUAAACGAUGCAAUUCCAAGCGCUCCCCUUGCCAAUCUUCUUUUGUCUCAACUUUUGCUAGGGAACUUUGGUCUGCAGCAAAAUAUCAACCCUCUGCUGGCUUUGAACCAACCGCAAGUUCAAGCGACACCAACCACUGAAUUUAAGACAAGGUCAACAACAUACGUUACUACAAUCACAGAUUUGAAAUCGACUGUUCUGCCUAUUACUUUGAGAGGGAAGGCCAUCAUGACCACAAUUAUUAAUAGCAAGGAAGAUGUUAUCACAGCAACCGAAUAUAUCACGGACACCAUUGUUGUCACGCCGACGCAAAAUCCCACAAACCAAUUCAACUCCCUCUUGCUUCCCGCUCUCCUGCAAGCACAAUUGCAGCAGCCCGCCCAGCCUAAUCCACUGUUGCUUCAACAGGCGCAACUUCUUCAGCAACAACAGAAAUUCCUCCAACCUCAAAAAAUCCAAAAGGAGAAAAUUGAGGAGGAAGAAAACUUAAGCAUCGAAGAUGAUGAGCAAAAAAGCUCUGAAUUUGAAGUGAUCAGCAAAGAAGAAAUUAGUCAUGCUAAACCAGUGGUCAAAGCCACUAAGGCACCCAAAAUUCACAAAAAUAUUGCACCCGAAAAGCACACCAGCGUCGUCACCAUUUACGUCUCGGGCAAAAACCCUGGUGAUUUUAGCACAGUGCUUUCAACUAUUGUGACUGAAGGAGCAAGUGUUGUUAAACGUGAGGCAAUUUCACCGCCUACCUUGGAAGUGAAACCUUCAGCAGAUGUUCAAACAGAAAAUUUCCCAGUUAUGGACGAUUUCAAUUUGUAUGUUAUGUCAGCCUACAAUGACAUUGAGGGCAGCGAGCUUAGCAGCGGAAGGUAUGAGACUCAGAGCCUAGAGAGCAUUUUGGGCGACGUCACCAAACAUUACCAUUCUUCAAAUGGAAACAACCAAUACUCAACAGUCUCAACUCUAAAUGUUGAUUUCAACCCCGAAGAAGCGCGGAUGAAUUUGGCAACACGAAUAAUGAGCAACGGCGUCGAGGUUAUUGUGGCUGACAGAUCAACUAAUCAAGGAGAAAAUUUAAGAAUAGCGCCUACCUCUGUAAUUGCGGUGAUGACAGCACCUAGUACAAUUACGGAAGAAAUGCUUAGCAAAAUGCCAGCUGGACAACAAGCGCAGUUUCUUUCGUCAAUCAAGUCACAGAACGCGCAUUUGUUGGUCUACAAGCAGCCUACAACUUACGUAUAUUUGAAAAGCAAAGUAAAAAAUGGAAAAACGACAACCCUUACCACAGAGGAAGUAAUUACAAAUACCAUUACGAAAGCAACCCACGAUAUUUCUGCCACUCCAACUAUCGAAGCCAUUCACUCAACAGUCUUGGCAAAUUUUGAUGACGCCAUUUAUGAAACAAAAGCUAUUAAGACAACUUAUACAUAUUUCAACACCCUGGUUGAUGACGAAGUACCCAUAGUUGUAACCUCCAAACAAACAAUCGCAAACACAGUCACCAGGCUGCAGGAGACGAUUGAAUUGCAGCCCUCUGAGCAAAUGUUUGACUCUAACACUUAUUAUAGCACGCACACGUUUACAAAAACUUUGGAUGGCGAUGAGCAAAAAGUAACUUCCAAGCAGAAAAACAUCGUGACGCAAGUUAUAGUAACUGAAGCUCCCUCAUUCCUGGUCAAACCUUCAAAGUCUUCUAAAAUAAAUCCUACAGCCACUACUGAUAUUGUUAAAACUUAUUUCGUAACUUACACAUAUUUGAACACCUAUUUGGAGAAUGGAAGCACUGUAAUCAAAACAAAUAUUGCCACUUCAUCUGAUAUGGUAACAGAGAAAUUCUACAGAAACCAAGUGCGCGCAACUUUGCCCGAGUCUAUUAAAAUCACGGCUGAAAUUGGUAUUGCACCUUCCGCAACAGUUGCGCCUUCAGAUUCGAUCAAAGUAUACGCCACUAAAACCUAUCUGACCACAUUUACAUAUUUUACAACUUUUUUGGAGGGCAACAAAACGGUGACCAGCUCCAACUCGAGGGUUACCUACAGUGUCCAAACUGAACCAAUCACCGCAGGAUUGGACUCUGCCUACCUUGAUUCCAUUCGCAGCUCUUUUGCAGCACAAAGUUCGAGGAAACCGAUUACUACCACAGUCAUUUUGGCCGGCGAAGCGCUUGAAAUUACUGCAGUUCAGCCCUCAUCAACGAGAGAGACAAUUAUAACUUCAACAUCCCUCGUUCCUUCCUCCAUUGAGAGCGUCGUGACUGCCUCGACUCUGAAUUUCAUUCAGGAUAGCAUUACAAAACCUACCACAUCAGUUUAUGAAAAACUCACUUCUAUCCGUCCAGCUUCAACAAAAAACACGGACACACCUGAAUAUUUGCUGAGUAAUUUAAAAAAUAGUGCAAGUGCCACAAAGAAUGAGCAGCUCACUUCUACCAUUGCUGUCCCAACUCUACAAAAUGAUGAAGACAUAAUUACAACCAGCAAGCCUAUCAAGAAAAGGAAACCCAAACCGGCUAAGAAAAAUCCAAAUAAAGACAAGCCGGAAGUUGGAAAUGAAGACGAGACAGAGGAGGAUGAUUACGACUAUGAGCAAGAUUUAAAAGUCGCUGCCGAUUUGACAAAUGCUGAGUCACAAGUUGCGUCUGAAUUUGGAGUAAAUAAUUUAUUGAACAUUGGCCAAAAUAGCAUCAAUGCUAUAAAUGCAUUAAAACCAGUCUUUAAUGCAGUGGCUGGAUUAAUAUCAACUAAUUUUGGCAAGAAAUCUGACACACCAAUACCUCCUCAGCAAUCAAAGCCUUCUCAGUCGCAACCAGCACAUCGAGUGCCACCUAUUUAUCCUGAAUUUUUGCAACCAAAAACUCCAAAUAAACCAAUCGUUGCAUCAAAUCCAGUUUAUAUUCCAGUGAGAGAUUUGGCAACUGCCAAUUCUCAUUUGGCCUCUGAAAAACACAUUCCUGGAAUUGCCGAAAGUGUUCGACCCGAUUUGCCUUUGGAGGAUAAUGACAAAUCAGGAAGUGCGUGGAUCGACAGUCUUCCCAUUCAAGGAGUAGUAGAUGAGAGGAUCCCUUUGAUGGAGAGGCCAGGUUCAUCGCAAAUUGUUCUCGGAAAGCACCAGCAGCCUGAUAUACCAAUUUUGCAAGACGGAAUUUCAAUUCAGCCCGGUCAAAUAAUCACCGCUAAUUCUGAUGUAAUUGUUGGAAGGCCGUCAGUUCUGGGCACAAGACCGCACAGGCCAGUGCCUCCACCACCUCCUCCUCAAACUCAUUCUAACAGGCGACCAGGAAGACCAGAAUUGCAUGUGCAUCACAAUGAUGUACAGCAUAUUGUGCACCACAAGCAGCCACAAGUUGUUCUUCCUCACCAUUCACCGGCAAAACACUCACAAUCAAAUGUUGCAAUUGGCAUGAAACCACCACCGUUCCCUCCUCAAAAUCCAUUCUUGGGAAAUAAUAAGAACAGAGUGCGGCCAAACCCUCCGCAUAAUCUGCCAACUCCUGACUUGCCGGGCGAAAGACCACAAAUUAUUGUUCAUCCUUCCAAUGUUAAAAACAAUAUUGACAGAAACACCAUUGGUCUCAGCCACACAGUGCGCCCUUCAAAGCCCUUAAUGAUUGACGGAGGUCCAACUUUCUACCCUGGUGACUCAAACGAGCCAAUUAUAAGUGAACCGAUUCCUCUGCCCGAGCCAGGAUUUGUAGCUGGUUCAAGUAUUGGCUUGGGAGAUUCUUACAGUCAUGGAGAUGAAGGCCACAUUAUCAGGGGAACUAUUGGAGAACCACCUGCUAGGCCUCAACAGCUCGGCUUUGACGAGUCCUCGCUCAACCCACAACUUCCUGGUGCCGUCGUCCUAGAUAAUCCUGAAACCAUGCCCGUUUUGCAACCGGGGGCAAAGGUGAACGUCCCGGUUACAUUUGGGGGAGCACAGCAUCCACCGGUGUAUCGUGACCAGCCUCCCCGACUGCCAUCACCGCCCCAAAAAGAUGUGCGUAUUCCACCAUUCCGGCCUCCACCUCAGUUCGAAGACACGAUUUGGCCGGGUCAAGUGCAACAUCACAUUUUGGACUCGCGCCCUGGCCAAAAUAUCCAUCACAUUCCAAUUGUUGCUAGGCCGGUUAAAGUGGCACCAAAUAUUCCCCUCCAUCAAAAUCCAAAAGAACCACGACCUCAAAUCAAUCAACAACAAAUUUACCAGCAACAACAAAACUAUCAACAACAGCAACAAUACCAUCAGCAGCUGCAGCAAAACAACCAACAUGAACCACCCCGUCAGCAACAGCGUCCCAAUAGAAAUGAUCAAACGCCUAUUGACAUGCUCCCUCCACCUGAACCACCAAAAUACCCAGAACAGCCGCAAAUUGUUGUUCAUGGACACAAUGGUGGUCAUCAACACGUUCCUGCGCAAGAAUCUCAAAAUUUGUCACCUCAAACGCCAACACACCAAACCGAAGAUGUCAUUUUCAGUCCAAAUGCAAAUGACUGGGACAGUUCAAAUGAACCAGUCGGCUCUGAGGGUGAGGAGGACGGAGAAGUUAUUCAGGAAACUGAGAACAGGCCGCUGCUGCCAAAUGAAGUUUCACAAGAAGCUACAACAAAGAGGCCCAUUAGAUAUGAAACCACCACAAUUGAGCACCAGCCCCCUUCAAGAGAUGUGCCUAAUCGUGGCAAUAACAGGCCAAGUUUUGAACAAUCAGGAGGCCAGAUUGAAUUUGUCCGGCCUGGAAUUGUUGACGAUGUGGCGCGAGCUCCUCCAAAAUAUAACAUUGGGCAAAAUAUUGACUCUAUUUCACAAACUAGAAGUACUCCAAGACCAUUCUUUGGAAAGCGGCCUUCCACCGAAAUGCAGCCACCUGCACCUGUGCGAGACCAAGAAGUUCUUCCGCCUACAAUUCCAGUUGAGAACUCGAGACCAAAUCCUGGAAAUUCACAAAAUCCGCGGUUCCCUGUGGUCGAUAUAAAAUUGCAGGACCCGCAGAGUAAGCAUCCUUACCAGUACGAAUUGCCAGAAGAUUUCCAGCCGCCACCACCACCGUCAUCUUCGGCUCGGCCACCACCUUCCUCUUCUGCAAGGCCCUCUUCCAGACCCUCCUCUUCAAUCAGACCGCCACCUUCGUCAAGCAGGCCACUUAUUUCAAGAGUGCCGUCAACCUCAAUGCGUCCUCCACCUGUACGGGACAGCGUGUCCAGUGGCACCUCAUUGAAUGUACCUCCUAUUCAAAGUUUUGAAAACGUCACAGAAACCAGAAUACCUGCCAGACCAACGUUGAGGCCUAAACCAACGAGGCCAACCGUCACCAGGCCAUCUCGUCUGCCACCAAGCCGAUUGCCACCUGAAAUUUUGGAACCACCGGCACCACCCGCAUACAACCCUGAAAUCGAAUCUUCGAUCAUUGAGCCAGAAGUGGUCAUCACCACUGUCACAACUGAGAGUCAGGAGUACUCUGAUGACUACGACGAGGAAAGCAUUUUUAUAAAACCGACAAGAACCGUUACUGUUUUCGAAACAGUCACUACUACCAGGCCACAGCGAGUGCGCACCUCAGUAAGGACAGUCAUUCGGCCAACAAGUGUGUACCAACCGACAUCCGCAAUCGAGCAGUACGAGGAGCCAUCCAGUUCCAAUGUCCAACCAACCGCCACCAACAUUUUAGUUGCCGGUGUUUUCAACAACCGUCCGAGGGUGCCAAACAAGCCCUACUCAAAUAUUGCAAGAAACGCCACUGAAAGAUAUGUUGUUAAGCCGGUGACCUCGGUUAUCACCUUGCCCACUAGACCUUCCACCAGGUACAUCACUCAAACUGAAACGCUGACUAUAACAGCAACCGAAACAACGGUACUCAGCAGCCGCGGCCAGCCCUACACGAAAACGGUGGUGGUCACGCAGACCGAGUCGCCGAGGACCGUAGUGUCCACAAUAGUGGGCACUGUGACAGAAAUCCACACGAUUGACCCUAGCACAAUCACCACCACGAUUUCGGCCACCGUAUCCACAAAGCACGUUGAGGUCACCACGACCCUAUACCAGCCGCCGUACGACAGCUACCCGUCCUUCACCAUCAGACCAAUCGGUGAUUUGGCGCCACAUCCAUCCAAUGGUGACGACGACGACACCGUACUCACCAUUGAUGAGACUGACAAUGAUGUCAAAAAGGCUGCACCGGUCGUUCCAGUGGUGGUGGACGCAGACCUGUCCAAUGGAGACUCGAAUGCGUGCGAGCCUGAGUGCAAGGUGACCAAGAACGAGAUGUGCAAGGAGUACGACGGUGGAUUGCGCUGCGUUUGCAGACCUGGAUUUGCAAGAACGUUCUUUGAUAGUCCUUGCACACCGACAUACACCUUCCAAAUGAGAAUGCUGCUGGACAGCCUCAAAGGAAAGAAGCUCACAUACAAACCAACUUUGAACAAUGAAGAGAGCAACGAUUACAAAUCUCUUUCCAUGGAGGCUAAAGACGGCAUUCGCAGAACAGCAAUGCGUUCUGAAUUGCGAGAUGUGUACCAGGGAGUCCAAGUCACUGGAUUUGAGCCUGCCAGGGUGGAGGAAGCGAUUGACAAUAACGAGGACGAAGACAGUGUCUAUGUCAAUUUCUACGUCCAGCUCUCUGAAAAUAUUGAUGAGAGCGACCUGGAGGAGAGAUUCAAGCAGUCCCUGAUGAAAACCAACUUCAGCCUGGGCGGCACUGAAAUGUAUGCAGCUCGAGAAACGCGCUUAGCCUCCUCGGACUUUGAUGAGUGCAGCAGCGAUCAAUUCAACGACUGCUCGAAGGACGCCGAGUGCUUUAACUUCAAAGGCACGUACACGUGUAGCUGCAAGGAAGGUUUCACAGACAUGUCACCGAGUACCAAGUACCCUGGCCGAGAGUGCACUUCCGAUAUACUUGGAUGCGCCAAGUGCAACUACCACGGCACCUGUCUCCCUUCGAGACCAGGCGACAACAGGGUCUACUGUGACUGCUUCCAGUGGUACGCAGGACAGACCUGCUAUAUCAACCUCAAAGUUUUGCUGAUCGCCCUGUUAACUCUUGGAACGGUUAUGCUCCUCACUCUGGUAAUGUGUUCUGUCCUGACUUGCAUGAGAAAAAAGCAGCCUCAAGCUCCUGGCAACCAAAGAGCUGGUUUUAUGAGGUACAGAGGCAAUGCAGGUCAAAUGAGAGGCACCUUGGACAAAACUGCAAUGAUCCAGGAUACAAGCAGUGAGAGCAGUGUUGAUGGAAAUGCUAUGCAAUACGUAGCCAACUCAAUGCGUCCGUCUGGAUCGCGUGGAGGAAAGGGCGAGGCCGGCGUGGCUCCGAGUGAGGGCAGCUACGUGAUGGAGAAGGACCGUUCGUUGACGGUGAUGAUCCCGCGCGCCAAGUACCGCCCCGUCCAGUCGACGUCGGUGUUGUCAACCUUCGCGCCCCCCGGUCCUGCGGCUGGCGGCAGCAAUGAGCAAAAACUGCUCAACUACCUGGAGGGAGGUUCGCAGGAGAAGCGCAAGGGCUCGUCCGAGCGAAAGCAGUCGGCCGGGGCUUUGGUGUCCGCCGGCUUCGAAGUGUCCGCUCACGUGAGUCGCCACGCCGGCGCCGACCACAUGACCCUAGUCAGCCAACGCUCGGGGCGCACCACCCUGCGCACCGCCAACAGUGAUAUCGAGAGUGCCGUGAUCACGAACCGCACCGAUCAGAUGGCGGCAGUGAUCGCCGACUACAGGCGUACAACCGCCCCCACCCCACCCCCAAUGCCCCCAGUAACCAUGUCCGAGGCCAGGUCGUACGACGAGACGCUCGUCCAGCCGGCUCAACGCAGCAGACACAACUGCAGCACUUAUGGCUCAAAGCCCGGGUCGUCCAGGCACGACGAGGGCCAAACGAUGGCUGAAAGAGACAUCGGCUCAACAUUUAUGAUGCCCCAGUCACACCUUUAUAAACCCGCAAGAAGAGAGGGAAGCGAAGCCUCCAACUUUGACUCACUGUGAACGCCGCUUGUACAUAAGCAAGGAGGAGGUCAAAUUUGGGAGCAGCUCUUUUCUUCCGAGGACUGAGAAACACGACGAGAGAAGACUGUGACCUUGUGCGCACCGCCUUCUUUGAUGAAAAUCACGAAUUAAAUAACUUAUUUGCUCAGGAACACUGCAAAGACAGUAUCACAAAAUGCUGCCCAAGUGCGCGAGAAAAGACGUGUACGAAGCAGUGUGAAAUACGAAAAGUGUGCUCAUAUAAAAUAAUUUAUGACAGAAAGCGAAUAUGUGACAAUUAAUUGCUAAUUAAUCAAUCGCCGUUGCCAAUGGAGAGAGCGAGUGAGCAAAUCCUCGCGCUCCCGCCCCUUGAGUGUUUAAGUCUAUCUAGAUUUUAAUGAGAAAAAUAAUAUAUUAUGUUGUAAAUAAUAUAAUUUUAACUGAUGUGUAGCACGCAAUUAACUCGAAAUUUUAGGGCAAUUCCGAGCAAUGAUCCAGGCAAUUCUCCUAAAAUUUUGACUUUAAUUAGAUUUUAUAAUAUUUUUAUAUCGCGCUUCAACGAACAAACAACCACACACAAAGUGAAAAGGGCCGAAGACGCGCCCUUCGACUCAAUGACCACAGGUAUUUAUUGACACGCGGCCGCUCUUCGCAGCUGAGAUUUCACUAUCUUUCUUUACUCUUGUUACUUCCGUGAAACUGCGAAUAACUGAGAGAUGCAGCCGAGAAAAUGUGUGUAAAACAAUAUAAUUAUGCAACUACCUAUGUAUGAUUUCUGCAGAAAAGCAGCCUGAUAACGCCAAUAUCGAAUAGAAAAAUCAAUAACAUUUUGCAUGUAAGCGAGCGAAAUAAAAAGCAUAAUAAUUCUAUGGUUGUUAUAAAAUUCAUGCU